GAGGCUGCGCGCACCAGCAGCAUAUAACACUGUCAUUUUUGGAUUUCCAAGACAACCCUCUCUCUCUCCUCUCUCCCUCCCUCUCUCUCUUCUUUUUAGCUCUCAGACAAACUCAGACCUGUGUGUAUGUAUAUGUAUCUCUAGUGUGUCAUUUUUCUCUCUCUGCAUUUGUUGUCUUGCUGUUUAAUUUCCCCUGUCACCACACCAUGUCUUCUAGGGUUUCAAACACCACCCUUCACUAAUGCAUCUUCUCCUUCUUCUACUCAUCAAAUUAACCCCCACCCACCUCUCAAAAUCCAAUCUUUUUACUGGGUUUGCAAAAAUCACCCCUCAAAUCCAUACUUUCAUCACAAGAUUUUGUUGGGUUUCUCUCUGUUUCAAGAUUCUUUAAAAAACCCAAAAAAAAGUUUUUUUUUUUAAUUUUUUUUUAUUUUUUUCUCUCAUCAAAACUGUGUGAAACCAGUGAAAAAAGAAAGUUUUUGUGUACAAAUAGUUUGAUCAAACUGGUUAAAACCACCCUGAAAGAAAACAAAAACAGGCUUGUUUUGUGACUUUUGUCUGUUUAUUAGUUGUAAUUUAACAAUUUUUAUUAAUUAUUAAUAUUAUUAUUUUUAUUAAUAUCUGUUUUGAAGUUUCUUGAAAACCCUUUAUUUAUCUUGGAAUCUUGAGGCAAAAAGCUGCAAUCUUUGAACAAUCUUUGAACAAUUUUGUUGAAAAUGGCUAUGGUGGUUCAACAUCAGCAGCAUAAAGAGAUGAGUAGCAGCAACACAAGCAUAACCAAACACCAGUUGGAUAAUGGGAAAUAUGUGAGGUAUACUACUGAGCAAGUUGAAGCUUUAGAAAGGGUUUAUGCAGAAUGCCCAAAACCAAGUUCUUUGAGGAGACAACAGUUGAUCCGAGAAUGCCCUAUUUUGUCCAACAUUGAACCUAAACAAAUCAAAGUUUGGUUUCAAAACCGCAGAUGUCGAGAGAAGCAACGAAAAGAGUCUUCAAGACUUCAAACAGUGAACAAGAAGCUAUCUGCCAUGAACAAGUUAUUAAUGGAGGAAAAUGAUCGGCUGCAAAAACAAGUGUCUCAGCUUGUAUGCGAGAACGGUUAUAUGCGCCAACAUAUGCACACAGGUUCUGCAGCUACGGAUGCGAGUUGCGACUCUGUGAUUACCACUCCACAGCAUUCUUUAAGAGAUGCUAAUAACCCAGCUGGACUCCUCUCGAUUGCCGAAGAGACGUUGGCAGAGUUCCUUUCUAAGGCUACAGGAACUGCUGUUGAUUGGGUCCAGAUGCCUGGGAUGAAGCCUGGUCCGGAUUCGGUUGGGAUCUUUGCCAUUUCACAGAGUUGCAGUGGAGUGGCAGCUAGAGCCUGCGGUCUCGUAAGUUUAGAGCCCACAAAGAUUGUAGAGAUCCUUAAAGAUCGCCCUUCUUGGUUCCGUGAUUGCCGAAGCCUCGAAGUUUUCACAAUGUUUCCUGCCGGAAACGGGGGGACAAUCGAACUUGUAUAUAUGCAGACCUUUGCUCCAACGACACUGGCUCCUGCGCGUGAUUUCUGGACGUUAAGAUACACUACAAGUUUAGAUAACGGAAGUCUCGUUGUGUGUGAAAGAUCCCUAUCGGGUUCCGGCGCGGGCCCGAAUCCCGCUGCCGCUGCUCAGUUUGUAAGAGGAGAAAUGUUACCGAGUGGCUACCUUAUUCGUCCUUGUGAAGGCGGUGGUUCCGUUAUACACAUCGUUGAUCACCUGAAUCUUGAGGCGUGGAGUGUGCCCGAGGUUCUUCGUCCACUUUACGAAUCUUCCAAAGUUGUAGCGCAAAAGAUGACCAUUGCGGCGUUACGUUAUAUUCGGCAAAUAGCUCAGGAGUCAAGUGGAGAGGUCGUUUACGGUUUGGGAAGACAACCGGCUGUUUUACGAACGUUAAGUCAAAGAUUAAGCAGAGGCUUCAACGAUGCCAUAAACGGAUUUACCGACGACGGGUGGUCGUUAAUGAACUGUGACGGUGCGGAAGACGUAAUUAUUGCGGUGAAUUCAACCAAGAAUCUUAACAAUUCUAUGAAUCCGUCGAAUUCUUUAUCGUAUCUUGGAGGGAUUCUUUGUGCAAAGGCUUCCAUGCUAUUUCAAAACGUGCCACCUGCGGUGCUGGUUCGGUUUUUGAGGGAGCAUAGGUCAGAGUGGGCUGACUUCAAUGUAGAUGCUUAUUCCGCUGCAUCGGUUAAAGCCAACUCGUAUAAUACGUACCCCGGAAUGAGACCUACACGAUUCACCGGCAGUCAAAUUAUUAUGCCUCUUGGCCACACAAUUGAACACGAAGAGAUGCUUGAAGUUGUAAGACUUGAAGGUCAUGCACUUGGACAAGAGGAUCCUUUUACGUCACGUGACAUUCAUCUCUUGCAGUUAUGCAACGGGAUCGAUGAAAACGCUGUCGGAGCUUGUUCGGAGCUCGUUUUUGCACCGAUCGAUGAAAUGUUUCCAGACGAUGCACCACUUGUACCCUCGGGAUUUCGUAUUAUCCCCUUAGACCCCAAAUCAGGUGACGGAAAGAACGCACUGGCAACCACACACCGAACACUCGACUUAACCUCUAGUCUAGACGUGGCCCCCACAACUAACCAUGGCUCAACCGAUAUGUCAACAUGCCACACUUCAAGAUCAGUUCUAACCAUCGCCUUUCAGUUCCCUUUUGAGAACAAUUUAGCCGACAGUGUGGCCACAAUGGCUCGACAGUAUGUUCGAAGUGUGAUCAAUUCAGUUCAGAGAGUCGCUAUGGCUAUAUCACCUUCGGGUUUGAGCCCGUGCGUGGGCCCUAAACCGUCUCCUAGCUCACCCGAAGCACUCACUUUAGCUCAAUGGAUCUGCCAAAGCUACACGUACCAUUUAGGAGCGGAUUUGUUGAGCUCGGGUUCGGUUGUUGGGGAGUCGUUAUUGAAAGAUCUUUGGCAACAUCAAGAUGCUAUUUUGUGUUGUUCUCUAAAGUCUCUACCGGUUUUUAUGUUUGCGAAUCAAGCCGGACUUGAUAUGUUGGAGACAACUCUUGUUUCGCUACAAGACAUCACUCUAGACAAAAUGUUCGAUGAUUCUGGACGAAAGGCGUUGGUUCCAGAAUUUGCCAAGAUAAUGCAACAGGGGUACACACAUUUACCUGGCGGGAUUUGUAUGUCGACGAUGGGGCGUCAUAUUACGUAUGAACAAGCGGUAGCAUGGAAGGUUCUAGCAGCAGAUGAAAGUACGGUCCAUUGUCUCGCUUUCUCUUUCGUCAACUGGUCAUUUGUGUAGUUGUGCUAUGGUUUUUUGCGCUCUUUGCCCAUUGGUGAAGUUUAGUAACGAAAACGUGAAGAUAAGAACUUGUUUUAGGAUUCGGGCUAUUCGCUUUUUGUAUGAACUAUGUAAGCAUUGGCUAUUUGUUUCCAUUUUUUCUUUUAUUAGAGCUUUUUUUCUUAAUCUA